UGAACGUGUCAGAUCAGAUCGCCUCAGGUCAACAUUUGUGGGAGCGAGCGGUUUGCAGGGGGAUCUAUCAGGGAGUACUGCACAGGAGGAGACUCGGAAGCAGGAAACGGAGAUACCAACUCUUCUUCCAUCAUACAAACAGAAAUGGACACCACUCUCUCCACGCCGUGCAACAUCCAAAUAUGCGAGGUGACGUGCGAUUCGUUCCGCAUCAUGUGGGACAUGACCUCUGAGGACACGGCCAGAGCCACUCACUUCUUCAUUGACCUGAGUCGCAAGGAGUGCAGGGAUCCCAAUCGCUUCAAACACAGGGAUGUGCCGACCAAACUGGUGGCAAAGGCCGUGCCCCUCCCGAUGGCAGUGAGGGGACACUGGUUUCUGAGCCCCCGCACAGAGUACUGUGUUGCUGUGCAGACAGCGGUUCGACAACCAGACGGCGACUACCUUGUGUCAGAGUGGAGCCAAGUGGUGGAGUUCUGCACAGGAGACUACGCCAUAGAACACCUCCAGCAGCUUCUUGACAAGGCCACAGGCUCUGCGGGAAGGCUGCUGAAAUUCUCUGUGUUUUAUCGCAACCAGCAUUCAGAUUACUUUGACUGCGUCAGAAAGGAGUGUCAAGGUCUAAUGCGUCCAGCCCUUAAAGACACCAGCGGGAGUCAUGGUUCUCCUAUCAAUGGCAAACUGCAAGGAGUCUUCUUUAGCUGCAAUACUGAGUUUGACACAGGCCUCCCCCCCAAAGACUCUCCAUACGGGCCCCUGCGCUUCCAGAUCCCAGCUGGAUACCUGCUCAACCCCAAUAUCUCGUUGUAUUUUGCUGACUUCUACUGCAUGUACACAGCCUACCACUAUGUGGUUGUGGUGCUGGCCCCAGUGGGCUCAGCAGGAGACCACUUCUGCAGAAGCCGUCUCCCCUUGCUGGACUUGGCCAGCAACCCCUUAUUGACGUACACUGCCCCGCAGAGGCCAGGGGAUGAGCCGGUCUACUGCCACGCCAGUGACGUUAUCCUGGAGGUGCUUUUCACUGACCCGGUCAGUUUGGAUCAGGGUACUGUAGAGCAGAUCAGCGGACACCAUCAGCUCAAGAGUUUGACCACGGCGAACGCCAAGAAAGACCCGAGCUGUAAAGUGUGCAACAUCAGUGUGGGCCGAUGAGCUGGGCUUGGGGGUCAGACGAGCAUUCGAUGCUGAAAGACAUCAUCAUGUGUAGGCCAAAACCCAGAGGAAAACACCCACCAUCUCAAGGAGGGUGUGCAUGCUGCUUUCCCUUCUCCUCCCUCCCGGGCUAGGAUAGUAUCCAGUAGAAUUAUAUAUCACAUACCUCUAUCAUGGGCAUCUAGGAACAAUAUAUUCUAUUUACAUUCACAGCUGCUUAAACCACUAAAGAAGGUUAUUAGUGAUUCUUGGUUUCUUGACUGUAUUUUUUAGUUAGUGAUGUAGUGUGAAGGUAGCAAUGGCUGUGGUUGAGCUGGGUGCAACAUGUUUGGUGCCGCAAAAAAUGAAAAUUUGAUCGUAGUACAGUGGAACCUCCAAAGUCAAACAAAAAAAUCUAUCAAAAUAUAUGCUUACAAAUCCUCUUUUUUGCAUUUUCUAUACCACUUAUCCUCACAGGGUUGUGGGCAUGCUGGAGCCUAUCCCAGCUGUCUUCGGGCGAGAAGUGGGGUACACCCUGGACUGGUCGCCAGCCAAUCACAGGUCACAUAUAGACAAACAACCAUUCACACUCACAUUCAUACCUAUGGAUAAUUUAUGUUUGAAUUUGGAGGUUCCACUGAAGUAAUACAAGUCACGGCAGGACAAUCAACAGCACACCCCCUUUUCUACCUCUUUUCAACCUACCCUCUGAGUCCCUGUCUGUUAUGGUGCUAACUGAUGUAUAAUUUCAGACUGAUGUUUGCAUUAAUAUAUGGAAAUAGAAGGAACAAACACGUGUCUUGCUGUACCAUGUAGCUUCAAGUACGGUGGCCCAAAAGGCUGAUACUGGACUGUGGAACAUAUACAGGUCCUCAUCAGGUGCUGGCAAGCCACACUAUACACUUACUAUACCUAGUAUUUAUGUGUUCAUGUUGUUUUUGGUUUCAUUUGUCUGAAAUGUUUUCUUUGUUAUUAUUAUUGUAACACCUUUUUUGAUGAUAAUGGGAGCACAAAGCAUCCUGCUAUCAGUGGGCCUGUGUAUCUGAGCUAAGAUUAGUUUGCUACGGGGCUUAGAUUUGUCCCUAGUGAGUAAUCUCUGACCUAUUUGGGAAUCCCAGAGAUGCCCAAAGUAAGAGGCAUCCCCUGCUGUUACUUAACAGCAAAGAAUGGGCACUGAGUGAGUGUAGACUCACACAAUAAAUAGGUUGUUCACAAAGAAAUAUCAAAUAAUUGUUUUAAGACAAAGCAAGCACACAUUGAAAUUAUUGUCUUUUAUUAAUAACAUCGCAAUUACAACACACAUGAAAUAAAACGACUUAUUUUCAAACAUCUCCCAUUUCUAUGUGUUGUGACAAAAAUGUGAGCUCACACACACAUCAAUUGUGUAGUUCUGUCCAUUGUUGUUGUCCCAAAAUGUGUCGCUCUGUCCUCCAGGUAAAUAACUUAAGCAGAAUUCUAUCUUCUUCUUUGCAUCAAGGACUUUAGGUAUGGCUAUGUCAAACUCAAAGAUGUCUGUGUGCGGCCCUCCAAAGCGCUGCUGCAGGUAAGUGCAGGGCACAUCUCUGUAGCAUUGCCAUGAGUCAAAAGUGAUGCGCACACGCACAUCUUUAUGAAAGCUGAUGUUUCGGACUCGGACUGUGCCUCUGAGGGCCUGCUCAGUGACCGUGCAGUUCUCCAGUGUUACCAUGCUCUCAGCAAGUUUGGCACGAAAGACAUGGAAAUUAGCAGAGGGCUGCGGGAAACCAAGUGUGAGCCGUGUUCCUGGGCAGCAGGUGCUGACCGUGCAGCUAUAACCAGCCUCGGUCAUGCUCCCCAAACCCUGGAGGGAGGGCAGCGGGUCCAGGUCCGAGUGUUCCUCCUCAUUAGAAAAGACUCGAACCUCCGCCAAAGACCACCCCUUGGAGUCAGCAAAAGCCACGUGCUUGUUCUUGACCGGAGCAAAAACACCCUCCUCAUCAAAGUCCUCAAGGGAACAUGAGAGCGGCUGGAUCGGGUAGUCUUGGCAUAAGAUGUCAGAGCAUAUGUGUUUUGAAACUGCAGGACGGAUGCAGGGUCGCAAAGGCUUCAGGAUAGGCACCCAAACAUGAGGACACAGUUGUUUACGUUGGUUUAAACACAGUCUGACUGCAAUCUCCAUUAGUCCAGAUGACUGUGCCAUUGAUCCCAGGCCAAAGACAGGCAGGAUACUAACAAGAAACAACAAAAAGUGGCUUCAAAUUGUUCUGCAACUACGAAUGCAGAUUAGCUUGUAUGCACAUCUAACAAUUACUAGAGGGUUAAAACAAGUUGAUGAACACACAAGUUCUUACUUUGUGCUGGAUGUUUCCAUACUGAUGGUCUGGUGCAGAUUUAGGGGUGUGCUUUAUUAUCUAAGAGAAAAACAUUAUGUGGAUAAAACCUUACAGAAUUAAAAUGAAAAUAGUUAACAGUUGUCCUACCGGUUCUUUGUCCACCCUUUACCCACAGUGCAAUCUUGCACGUCUGACUAUUUAUACCCCCCCAGUUAUCAUGUUCCUGCCCCCUUUAGUCUUGUGACCAGUUCGUUUUUCUAAUGCUAUUUUACAACUCCUUGUGAGGCAGCUAUCAGAUCAUUUACAUUAAAAGGAUGAUUGUGUCACCUUUGAGACCGAACUCAAGAAUUUAAAGGGGAACUAUUAUGUUUGUCCACUUUUCUGACCUAUAAAUGUAGUUAGAAUAUUGUAUUCUUGUGUUAAACAAUGACAAAGAGUCAGAUAAUGAGGUUUGUGCAUUUGGAAGUUUGGGAUGGAUCUGAAGUUUAUCAGUUUAAGAGAGUUUUUUUCCUAUGUCCACAUACAUUUUUGGGCAUACCCGGGUACAACCUGUAGGCUUGACCUCGUCUGCUCUGCUGUUUGUUGAAGAAUUUGAGCAAUGGUUUCCAGGAGUAUUUGCACAGGUUUGAAAGAAAACUAACCAUCCUAAAGAGGCAAACAUCAGGCAAAAGUGGUUGGAGUUUCAGAUUCCCGAUCACCAAGAGAAAAAUAUGGGAUGGUUUUGUGAACAUGAGCGAAGCUGGACUGUCCGCCAAACUGUUGCUGAAGCCCAAUGGCUUUCCAACAUGGGCAUGUUGAAGAGUCAGACACGCAAGCUGUAAGUAACAAUUACAUUUAUCAGUGUCUUACUGUGUUUAUUUUGUGUAGGUAAGUGGUUGUCUGUUUUAUUAAGUUUUAUUUUUUUUGCGGUUGUCCCGCGUACAAUGUUUAAUGACCACUUUUCCACUGCAACCAAGAUUGUCUGCACUCAAUAAACGCGAACCUACGUUACCAUUCUUUGGGUUCAUACAUGGCAAUUCAU